AUGGCAGGACGUAGAUCGACGUUGACAAAUGCCGAUUCCCUGUCGGGAUCUGGAAACACCGAUCCUCUGAGAGAAUUGUUCGAAGCAUGUAAGACCGGAGACCUCGCGAGGGUGAAGGCGUUGGUUACACCGAAGACGGUCAAUGCUCGAGACACUGCCGGACGCAAGUCCACCCCCCUGCAUUUUGCAGCUGGUUAUGGUAGGAUAGAAGUAGUGGAAUUUUUACUAUCUGCUGGAGCAUCCAUUCAAGCACGUGAUGAUGGAGGUCUACAUCCCUUGCAUAAUGCUUGCUCUUUUGGACAUUGUGAUGUUGUAAGACUUCUCUUGGAAGCAGGAGCUAAUCCAAACACUAGAGACAACUGGAAUUAUACUCCUUUACACGAAGCUGCAAUUAAAGGUAAAAUAGAUGUGUGUAUUGCUCUGCUACAACAUGGAGCAGAUGCCAAUAUAAGAAAUACAGAAGGAAAAACAGCGUUAGAAUUGGCAGACCCUGCGACUAAACCAGUAUUAACAGGAGAAUAUAAAAAGGAUGAAUUGUUAGAAGCGGCAAGAUCUGGAAAUGAGGAACGUCUUUUACAACUUCUGAAUCCCUUAAAUGUAAACUGCCAUGCAAGUGACGGUAGAAGAUCCACUCCGUUGCAUUUAGCUGCUGGAUAUAAUAGGUCAAGACUGGUGCAAAUUUUGUUACAAAAUGGUGCAGAUGUACAUGCAAAGGACAAAGGAGGUCUUGUUCCACUUCACAAUGCUUGUUCGUAUGGUCACUUUGAAGUGACCGAAGCGCUUCUCAAGCACGGUGCAGCGGUUAAUGCCAGCGAUUUGUGGGCAUUUACUCCACUACACGAAGCUGCUAGCAAAUCCAGAGUCGAGGUGUGCUCGUUACUUUUAAGCGAGGGUGCCGAUCCGACUCAGUUAAACUGCCACAGUAAAAGCGCCAUUGACGUAGCCCCGACAUUGGAGUUACAAGAAAGAUUGACAUGUACGUUUCCUAUGUCGAUACACACAGAACAUGAUUUUGUUAGAUACACUUUAAUUGUAGACGAAUACAAGGGACACUGCCUCUUGGAUGCCUGCAGGCAGGCAGAUCUUACUAAAUUAAAAAAGUACCUGUCCCAAGAAGUUGUAAACUUUAAACACCCAUACACUGGGGAUACACCACUGCACUGUGCCGUUGCAUCUCCCUAUCCCAAGAGAAAACAAGUAAUAGAAUCUUUAAUUAGGAAAAAUGCUGCCUUAAAUGAGAAAAAUAAAGACUUUCUUACACCUCUUCAUGUUGCUACUGAUCAUUCUCAUUAUGAUGCAAUGGAUGUGCUACUUAGACAUAAUGCAAAAGUCAAUGCUUUAGAUGGAUUAGGGCAAACUGCACUACACAGGUGUGUUAGAGAAGACAAUGUGCAAGCUUGCAGAAUAUUGUUAUCAUACAAUGUUGAUCCAUCUAUAGUAUCACUUCAGGGCUAUACUGCAGCACAAGUAGCUGCAGAAAAUGUCCUUAAAAUAUUACAAGAUCCACCGAGCGGAACAGAUGACGCGGAAGCGCAAUUAUUAGAAGCGAGCAAAUCUGGCGAUUUAGCGGCAGUAGAAAGGAUUUUACGAACGAAUCCAUUGGCUGUUAAUUGUCGAGAUUUGGAUGGUCGGCAUUCCACACCGCUGCAUUUUGCAGCGGGAUUCAAUAGAGUGCCUGUAGUCGAGUAUUUAUUGGCACAUGGAGCAGAUGUACACGCCAAAGAUAAAGGGUUAGUAGUUUGUUAUACAAAUAAUUUAAAUAGAGCAAUUAAAGAACAUGUUCAAUUUUGUAUGUUUAGUGGACUCGUUCCUUUACACAAUGCCUGCUCUUAUGGUCAUUAUGAAGUAACGGAAUUGUUAGUAAAACAUGAUGCCACUAAAAAGAACAGAGACGGCGCAACACCUUUAGAUUUAGUAAGAGAUGGCGAUCAAGAUGUAGCCGAUUUAUUACGGGGGAACAGUGCGCUUUUAGAUGCAGCGAAGAAAGGGAAUUUAGCGAGAGUGCAGCGACUUGUUACACAAGACAAUAUUAAUUGUAGGGAUGCGCAAGGUCGUAAUAGUACUCCAUUACACUUGGCUGCGGGAUACAAUAAUUUGGAAGUAGCCGAAUUUUUGCUUGAACGUGGAGCAGAUGUAAAUGCUCAGGAUAAAGGAGGAUUGAUACCUUUGCACAAUGCUUCGAGUUACGGUCAUUUAGAUAUCGCUGCAUUACUCAUCAAAUAUAAUACCGUAGUAAACGCUACUGACAAAUGGGGCUUUACACCACUUCACGAGGCAGCACAGAAAGGUAGGACACAGCUAUGUGCCCUUUUAUUGGCUCACGGUGCAGAUCCUUUCUCGAAAAACCAAGAAGGACAAACUCCUCUGGAUCUAGCUUGCGCUGACGAUGUAAGAUGCUUAUUGCAAGAUGCUAUGGCUUCACAGCAAGUAGUACCGUCGAUACCAUCUGGUAAUACUGGCGUCGGAGUUGCCAUUAACUUAAAUAGUAAUGGUAAUAAUACUAUUAACAGUAGGCCACCCAGUAUCGUUGCGGUUCCAGUUACGCCACCGCCGCCACUUACUCAAGAAACUGUCAUUAUGCCUUCUGGAACAGCCAUGACUUUGUGCGUACCACUUGCCAGACCAUCUUCUUGCUUAAGUCCAAUGCCGCCAUCUGAGACGUGUUCUGAAAGAGAUUCCAAAGAUUCUAAAGAUAAUUCAAAUAUCACGACUGUAGCUGGUUUUCUUCAGAGCCUUGGUUUAGAACAUUUGUUAGAGUUGUUCGAACGCGAACAAAUUACGUUAGAUAUAUUAGCGGAGAUGGGUCACGAAGAUUUGAAACAAGUGGGAGUAUCUGCGUAUGGUUAUAGACACAAAUUAAUUAAAGGCAUGGAAAAGCUUUUAAAUACAACUGCCGGUACCCCGUGGCAACCGACUAUUACACCAGGAACGUUACUAGUAGACUUAUUAGCAGAGGAUAAAGAAUUUCUAGCUGUCGAGGAAGAAAUGCAAAGUACCAUUAGACAGCAUAGAGACAAUGGUCAUUCUGGUGGAAUAUUUUCUCGAUACAAUAUAGUUAGGAUACAAAAAGUGCAAAACCGUAAAUUAUGGGAACGUUACGCGCAUAGAAGGCAAGAAGUUGCCGAGGAAGUUGGCGCAGCAGCACCUUCCUCUCCGAGUACCGGAUCUAGAACCACUCCUGGAUCGAGUUUGCCACAGGCGAACGAGAGGAUGUUAUUUCAUGGUAGUCCAUUUAUUAAUGCCAUCGUUCAGAAGGGUUUCGAUGAACGACACGCGUAUAUUGGUGGUAUGUUCGGCGCUGGAAUUUAUUUUGCGGAGCACAGUAGUAAAAGUAAUCAAUACGUUUAUGGAAUAUGCGGAGGUACUGGUUGUCCUGCUCAUAAAGAUAGAAGUUGUUACAUCUGUCACAGACACUUAUUGCUCUGUCGUGUCACACUGGGAAAAUCGUUUUUGCAAUUCUCCGCGAUGAAAAUGGCCCACGCACCACCAGGACACCACAGUGUAAUGGGUAGACCGUCUCAAGGUGGUUUAGCUUUCCCCGAAUAUGUUGUCUACAGAGGCGAACAAGCAUAUCCGGAAUACCUUAUUACGUACCAAAUUGCAAGACCUCAGCAAGAAAGUGGUGGAAAUGAAAGUGUCGAAGAACGGUGA